AUGUGUGAUUGCUCAUUUACUAGCAGAGAGAGCGAACAAUUUCUAAAGCAUAUAAUCAAUUCUCCUGACCAUCCCAUUCCUUAUCAAUGUAUGCACUGUUCUGAGAGUAUUGAUUCUACAGAAUCUAUCAUUGAACAUUAUAAUUCACAUAGUCAAACAACCAUUCUCCCCAAGAAUUUUUACCAGUGUUCACUUUGCAGUUUUCAUUCACGUCAUUCAAAAUCAUUUGUAGACCAUAUUUCAAAUUCUCAUCAAAAUGCUCAGAUGUCCUGUCCAUAUUGUGAUGAGCAGGUUCCUUCUGCUGAUCUAGUCAAACAUAUGGAAAUAUACAGGGAUAUCAAUCAGGUGCAAUUUCUUUAUAAAUGUGGUGAUUGUAAAAAACCUAUGCCAUCAAAAAGGUCUUUGAAACGUCAUAUCGUUAGUGAUCACAAUGGAAGUUAUUUGUGUGCCUUUUGCUCCAAGAAGUUCAGAACUCUAGAUGAAAUGAGUAUACAUUUGGAUGCUAAUAUCUAUGAUAUAUAUAAAUGUGAGGAAUGUAGCUUUGUUCACACCAGUAAGAUAAAAAUGGAAAUGCAUAUUAAGCAGUAUCAUCAUAUGUCGGAAUGUUCUGUAUUAAGAAAAUCAAUUCCUGGUAAAUGUAUGGGCACUGUAAGUUUGAAUGAAUUGAUUGAAUUGCAUGAGGAGAUCCCUCCUGUCCCAAGGAAAGAACAAAACAAACCAAGGCAAAUGUCGAAGAAAUCUUCUACUAAAAAUGGACGUGGUAUAAAGAGAUCUUUUGCCUUUAGUGUUACGUGUGAUUUGUGUGGAGAUCCUAUUGAUGUUGGAAGAGUUGAUGACCAUGUAAAUAUGUGUAAGAAAAGUAAGAAUAAUGACAGUAGAAAUGAUGCAACUGAAAAUACACAGGAAGGAACACAAAAGAAUGGAUCUGGUGCAUCAAAUAUCCAAAGACCUCAUGAGAAAAAAAAUGUCAGCGCUGAUGAGUCAGAUGACAUUGAGGUAUUGUUAAGCACUACCAAAUCAAUUGCAAAUGCAAAUCAUACAGGAGAACAGAACAAUAUACCCAUCAAAACUGAACCAACUGUCACAUCUCUGCAAAAUACGGAUGGUGGUGUGUUAGUGUGUUUUGAAUGUGCUGGUUGCAGAUUUGAAGCAAGGGACCCUGCCAUUAUGAUAUCCCAUCUUAGCGAAUGUAACCUUGCAAGAGAUGCAACAAUAAGGUUAACAUCAGAUGGUUGUAGGGCUCCAUUGAAUGCAUCCCCUACUAGACAAGUCUGUUAUACAUGUCCUCAGUGCCCAUAUGACGCAUAUAAUUCAGGUGAAAUGUGUGAUCAUAUGCAACAACAUGCAAAACAGAUGUCAGUAUUUACAAGUAGUCAGUUUUCUUGUCCACAUUGCCUGAUGAUAUUCAAGUGGUUUUAUGAACUAUAUGAUCAUAUGUUAACACAUAAAGGAAGAACACAACUGACAUUAUUCACAUGUCCGCUAUGUAAAUAUAGAACAACUCUGGAUGCUUUGGCAAAAGAUCAUGCUUUACAGGUACAUGAACAAAGGUUAGAUCCUGUACCAUAUGUAAGCAUGUUUGAAUGCCAAGACAGUUCCUGUGCAAGCUGUGGUAGACUUUUGAAAUUCAAUACAACUUGUACACUCUGUCAAAGCAGAAUACAUAUGCAGCAACCACAACACCAAGGACAGCAAGCAUUUAUUUCUCAUGUACAGCAAGAAAACCAAAUAUGUCAAAUAACUGAUGUGAAAACUGAAGUUCUUGAUGAGCAACCUACUAGGAGUUCAGUGGGGAAUGUAGAUCAGAACAAUAGUAUUGGUGAUGAAUAUGCUUAUGAUGGAAAUAAUGUGAAACAAUUUGCUAAUAUUAACUCCUCAUUAGAGAUUUCCUCAAUGAACAUUAAGUGCCCACUUUGUGAUUUAAUGUUUAGAAACCACCAUGAACUUCAAAAUCAUCAGCGAGUCCAUGAGAAGAAUUAUUUCAUAAAAAAUGAACAUGCUACAAAUGAAACAAUGACAUCAGUUUUUGCACACUACAUACCAAACAAAAAACCUCUCCCUGAAUGCUCUGACAUUUCAGUUGUUAACCAAGAGAAAGAAAAAAUAAUUGACUUGACACAGCAUCCCAGCUCAGGAAGCAGGUCGAUAAGAUCUAAUGUGCCAUCAUCAGAAGAUGAUACAGAGAACAAUGACAAUGAGAAUAGGUGGGAAGAGGAUUCUGAAUCAACAGUUGAUAAGAAUGAAGGAAUUCCAAGAAUGCUUAGGUCAAGGUCCAAGAGAAACCUUAGGCCAAGGACAAAAAGAAGGUCAUCAAAUAAUGACAGCUUAAGUGAGAAGUCUGACUCAACAGCAUUGGCAGAAUCUACUCCAUCAAGAGUUCUCAGGCCAAGAACUAAAAGAAAGUUAUCUAGUAAUGACAGUGUUGGUGAGAAUGACUGGGAAGAAGAUUCUGUAACAUUUGAUGAGGAAGAAGUUACUCCAUCAAGAAUACUUAGGUCAAGGACUAAACGAAAAUCACCUGGUAAUGACAAUUUUGGUGAGAAUGACUGGGAAGAAGAUUCUGUAACAUUUGACGAGGAAGAUGUUACUCCAUCAAGAGCACUCAGGUCAAAAGCUAAGAGAAAUGCAUAUACCACAAAACCAACUUUUAGUGAAAACAGUAAACAAGAGAAUGGUGAGAUUCAGUCAUUAGCCUUAAAAACAGUAAAUUUGAAUGAAAAUGCCCUUUCAUCUCAAGAAAUUACGGAAUCUGCCUCUAACAAGGGGAAUGGGGUAGAUGAAUUAAUACCAGAUAGCCUUUCCAUUGGUACUUCGGGGCUCAUUUCAGAUAUGAAUGAAGGGUUUGGAACAUCCAUUGCAUUAACAGAUGAUUCUAAAACAAGCACAAGACAAGACUUGUUAAACAGCAACACUGAUGUAGGGGAAGCUACCUUUAAACCAAACGAAAACAGUCCAGAGUUCGACACAAAUAUAAUUCAUGUUUUACCAUCAACAAGAAAUGGAGAUUUUAUGAUUCCUAAAGAUAAAGUUUUUCCUGCAUAUGUACAAUGUACAAACUGUUCUUUUAAAACAAGAAUACGAAGCAGUUUGGUCCAUCACUUACAAGAAAUGCACAUGAAAAAAGGAACACAGAGAACAAAGCAGGUAUUUACUAAAUAUUUAUCUGAUUGCAAUAAAAAAAGAGACGACCAAAAGAUACAUGCCGUUGAAAACCUUCCUGAAGUUGGGAAACAUUACUACAAGUAUGGACAUAGUUUUGAAACUAAAGUUGAUGUGAACCCAAUUGAGGUAUUGACAGAUAAUGAAACAAGGGGAACUUCUCUACAUUGUUCUAGUUGUAGUUUCAUUGGUAAAACCUCAAAACAGUUGGAUAUUCAUAGAUAUGUCAAACACAUCUUGAAGAGUCAUUUCUUCUGUAUCUACUGUGGGUUCAAAGCAGCCUCGGAAAAGGUGAUACAAGACCAUUGUGUGAGUGAUCAUAAAAGCUUGCCAGCUGGACAUAAAAUUCUCCCAGCAGAUAUGGACCCAAAUCCCUGGCUAUGUUUGUCAUUGGUGAAUGAUGUAUUGGACAAUUCAAAAAGAAAUAUGAGGCACAUAGCUGAAACGACUACUGGAACAGCUGAAAAGAUUUCAGCAUCGACAAGAGGAAAUGAUGACAAUACAAGAUCAAAAACACUACAGAAGUUUAAGUGUAUCAUAUGUAACAAAAAUCCUGAACGAAAAGAUCGCUAUUCAAUUUCAAGACACAUCAACAAAAGACACAGAGGUAUUAAUAACUACACUUGUAGAAAAUGUAAUACAUCAUUUUUCUUAAAAGUGCAAUGUGAAAAACAUUGCAUGGCAGAGCACAAAUCAGACAAAUAUGUCCAUUUUAACAGGCCUCCUUUAUUUAAAGUUGUUAAAAUAAAAGGAGAUAUUUCCUAUCUUGGAACAGACAUUGAGGAAGAUCCAAAAGUAGAAACUGAGACUGAAAAAGUAGAAACUGGCGUAAGAGAAACUUUAUAUUGCGGCCUUUGUAAUAAAAGUGAUAAGGAAGAAGAGAUCAUUAAGAAACAUAUUCUUAACAAACAUAUGCGAUUCCUUCCAUUCCGAUGUACACUUUGUGAUCACCCAUUGUACAAUCAAGAGUCUGCAGAAGCACAUUGCAAAAACAGGCAUGAGGGCAAAGAAAUUGAUAAAUGCAUUACUUCCGUAGCAGCUCCAAACAUUGAUCAUACCAUCAAAGAUGUCAAAGGAAAAAUUUAUAUUGGGGACGUUGCAUUAACAAAACCCACUAUUCCACAAGAAAUGCAGAGCUUAAAUAAAGUUUCUGGAACAUUGCCUGUGAGUAAGGCAGUUGAUCCCCCUCCAUCACAUGUUGAAACAAGUAAUGCCCCCGAAGACAGAAAGAAAUAUCCUGACUUUGAAUGUGGUAUAUGCAAGAAAAAAUACCAGAACAAACACACCAUCAAAAUGCACAUAUAUACUGCCCAUAAAGAAACACAACAUUUCUUUUGCAAACUCUGUGAUUUUGAACCAAAGUUGACACGUGAUGAAAUAGAAGAGCAUUUAUUGAAUGUCCAUUCUGAUACUUCAUCAUCAAAUAUUGGUAUAAACAAAUUACCUCCAAUGGCUUAUACAAAGUCAGGUAAUGUUACUACUGUCAACCCUGUUAGAUUUAACUCUGAAAAGCUGACUGGUAAAGUUGUCAGAAAAUCUAAAUGUGGAUUGUGCCAUAAAGUUUGCAUGAAUUAUCAAAAUAUGAAGAAACAUGUCUAUGCUGUCCACAUGAACCUUGGAAUGUACUAUUGCAAAUUAUGUCCAAUCAAUGGACACCAGAUCAGCCAAAUAAAAAACCAUGUGAUCUCGAAACAUAGCAAAACUGCUGUCAAGAAAUAUAUAGGAAAACAAACAUUUCCAGAAUUAAGAGAAACAAACACACCAAAUUAUAUAAUACUUUCACCACUAUCAAAUAAUAUUGAAAGUAGUUCCAUCAAACAGCCAGUGACAAUCACCAAGGUCAGUGAGAGUGAUAUAACUACUCCAGUUGAUGUUUCUACUGAGAAUAUUGACAAACUUGCAAUGACAACUGAAAAAAUGUUGAAAUGUCCAAGUGAUUCAAGUGUUGAUUUAAAAGAGACACUAAAAGUGCCAUCAAAACCUUCUGGUUCAGCAAGGGAGGGUUACAAUGGCUCUGCACUGGGAGUGAAUAGAGUGAAAAGUAAAAAGGGGAAAAUCAACAAGUGUGGUUUAUGUGGAAAGACCCACCUUUGUUAUGCCAGUAUGAAGAGACAUGUCUAUGAAGUACAUAUGAAGUUGAGAACAUAUUAUUGUAGCUUAUGUAAUAACUUCAAAAACUGUCCCACGAAAGGUAAGAUAAAAAAACAUUUGAAAAGUGUCCAUAACAAAAUCUCUGAUAGAUACAUUGGUAGACAUAAAAUGCCAAGAUUGAAAAUGGUAAUCUCUCAAAAGUAUGUCACAUUUUCUCCAAAUGAUACCAAUGAUAACAAGGAGGCAACAUUAAAGACACCAGUUAAGAAACGUAAGGAAACCCAAUUUAAGAAUAAAUCCAAGGUACCAGAUCAACCAAUAAUGUACCAAUGUGAUGAAUGUAAGCAAACUUCCAAGCAUGCUCAACUUAUACAAAGACACGUACUUAACGUUCAUUUAGGUCUGCAAAGAUUCAACUGUGCAAUAUGUAGAUUGGGAAACCAAAAUUCUACUAUGUUAUUGCAUCAUAUUGAAUCAAAACACAAAAUAAAGGUUCCCGUGAGAGCAGUGGUUAAAAAGAAAAUGCCUCGCCUGAUUCGAAAAAGAAGGGGUGCGUAUAUUGUUUAUACUACUGAAACAAUUAAAGCAGAACAAGAUUCUGAUAACAACCAGUCAUUGCCAUUUGGAAAAAGUAGCUUGAAACACAAUCCUGGAAGCAAGAGUAGAGGCAGACAAAAAUACAAAUGUGAUGCAUGCAAUAAGGAAUUCCAUUUGCCACAUCAUGUUAAAAGACAUGUAAAAAAUGUUCAUUUAAAUCUGUACAGAUACAAAUGUUCAGUUUGUGGAAUGGAGAUGGAGUCACAUAUUAAUUUAUUGCAGCAUAUUAAGUCAAAGCACAAAACAAUAAUACCAGAUUCUGCAGUGAUUGCAAACAAACCGCCUCAGAUUGUUAUGAAAAGAAGGGGAGAAUUUAUUGUUUUCACAACUGAAUUGAAGAAAGUUAGAGUGAAAGACAAUUAUUAUCAAUCAUCAAACAUCAUAAGAGGCUAUGAAGACCUGCCUGCAAACAAUAAACCAAAUUUCCAAUGUGAUGAUUGUGGAAAGAUAUUCCAGGAUGGCUCUAAUGCGAGAAAACAUGUUUAUCUUCAUUUGGGCCUCAGCAAAUAUGGCUGUACAAUUUGUGGAGUAGCCUUUCAAACAUCAUCUAAAGCAUUGCAUCAUAUCCGUCAUACACAUAAAACAAAACAUCCAGAGGAAGCGAUGAAUAAAAACAUAAUGCCUAAACUUGUUCAGAAGAGAAAGGGGUCAACGAUCAUUAUAUGCUCCCAGCUUGAGGAAAUUCCUUGUGAAUCAUCCAACCAAUUGUCACCAACCAGAAGUAGUUCUCAAACUGAAGGAGACUUAAGUUAUAUGCCCUCAAAAGAAAAUAAUUUAGGGCCCCCAGAAUCAAGAACAGAAGUAUCAAAAAAUCAUAGAAAUAAGCAUUUAGCUUUCAAUGUUGCUUGUGCAUUAUGUAUGAAUACUUUUCCAUCACGUAUAAAAACAUACAAGCACAUUUGUAGAAUUCAUUUAGAUAUAUCCAUACACCAGUGUUCACUGUGCAGUCAAUUGUUCAAGACUUAUGAGAAUUCCAUUGUACAUAUCCAAAAAGAACAUAGUGGUGAGGCUCAGUCACAGAUUGAGAUCCCUUCCAAACUGAAGAAAGCUGAAUUGCAGGGGAGAACUAUUCUUAUUGGUAAUGUGGAAUGGGCAAGAAAAGAAAUGGAAAAAUUGCUGUGUAUUGCUGAUGACACAAACAGCGUCAGCUUAGCAAGUGUUCAGCAUGAAAGUGUAAAUGAUAAAAGUAGAGAUCACAGUAAAUCUGAAGAAUUAAUAUUUGACAAUGAUUUUGAAAGCCUGCUAGAUGGUAUUGAUUUUGAUGAAACAAUUGGUUCUCUUGAAAAAAGAACAGAUUCAAAAAAGGAUGCAACAACUGUUUCUGCAGUACAGGUUGAAGCAGGUACAAGUUUUCAAGCAGUACAUAGUAAAGUGCAACCAGUUGGCCCACCAGUACCUAUUGAAGCAGCACCUAUUGACCAAGCAGUGUAUCAUGAGGCAGUACCAAUUGAACCUUCAGUAUGUAGAGAAUUAGAACCAAUUGAAUCAUCAAUACAUACUGAAGGAGCACCAAUUGAUACAGCAGAAUAUAGUGAUGCAUCACAGAUUUCCCAAACACCACAUGGUGAAGUGGUACCAAGUCUUUUACAGUACACAGAAAAUAGAUCAUUAUCAGAUCUAGAAUUAGAGGAUUGUGGGAAUUUAUUUGAUGAUCCAUACUCUUGUCAAGACUUUCAAAGGAAUCCAAAUUCUCCUACAUGUGGCCCAAUUAUCAACGGCCAAGAACAUGAUAUUUCCCCAGUUUCAUUGACACAUGAAACUGCAAAAUUAGUUACAGGAGGCAGUGAUGAUCCAUUUGAUAUGUUAAACAAAUUAGCACCUGCAGAACUUGAGGAUCUGUUGACAGUGAGUACAUCAGUAAAUCUCAAUCAUAAUCACGAGUCAACACAUGAAGGAAGUUCAGACCUCCAAAAUGAGCCACAGGCUCUUGGUGAACAGAUGAACAUUGAUACAGCGGUAGUUAGCAGUGAAACUGCCCUUCUGGAAGUUGGUGAGUGCUCUACAGAGAAAACCAAUGAGAGGGAAAAUGAUAUUAAGUUCAACACAUCAUCACGUAAUACUGCAAUAGGUAAAAAUGAGAAAGAUAUUGGAUCGGGUCAAAGCUAUGGUGUUGCUAGUGCUUUGCAAAAUGAUAUUAAGGUCAACAUAUCAUCACAUGAUACUGUAACAGUUAAAAGUGAAAAUGUUAGAUCAGAUCAAAGCUUUGGUGUUGCUAGUGCUGCACAGGAGUCAUUUGGCUUGUCUAAAGGCCAGGACAAUGUUCCAGAUACCACUGAGCAUAAGGUGAAAUGUGAAAAGCUUGAUUCUUCUCAUAACAGUGAAGAAUUUGACCAGGAAGUUUACCUCGCUUUGUCUGCUAUACCACUGACUUCAUCCAUCCAAGGUGUUGAUACAAUCAGUGAACCAACAUCAACAGAUCUUCACAUACCCUCAGUGAGAGGGAAGUGUGGGAUCAUCAUCAGCUAG